GCUGGCGUGUACCCGCCCACUUUCUUCUAGUUGCGUUGGCGGCGGUGGUGUGGGACUGUGUGGUGGGAGGAACAUGGCCGACGUGUCGCUGGAUGAACUGAUUAGAAAACGGGGAAUGACGGCGGGCGCCGGGAUGUACAGCAGGGUCAGUAACAGGGGAGGUAUAGGAAGUAUGAGAUCCAGGCUUCAACCGUCUGUAAGCAAUCGUCCACUUGCUACCAGUUUCCAGAGAACAUUUGAUGCUCGUCAGAAAAUUGGAGUGACUGAUGCACGCCUAAAAUUAGGUAUAAAAGAUGCCCGUGAAAAGCUGGUGGCCAAAGAUGCUCGCUUCCGCAUAAGGGGUAAAGUGCAAGAUGCCCGUGAAACGCUGAAUUCAAGAAAGCAGCAAAUCACAGCAGGAGGCAAGUCUGUCAAAGUGAUGGAUGCUCGUGAAAAGAUAAGUUUAAAGAGGAGUGCACCAACAGUAGCUGUUAAAUCACCUAUGGCACAAGGUUCAUCCACAAUAAACAUCACUAAGACCAUCCAGAUUCCACAACACAAGACCAUUUCAGGACUAAAUAACUCUGUCAAAGGAAUGCGAAUUAAUGUGGUCAACCACCAGCCUGUAAAACAACAGGUCUCAUCUCAAGAUGAUGACUAUGAUGAUGAGAUGGAACUUGCUCCCAUCCCUUCCAAGCAGAUGAAAAUCACAGCUGCAAAUACUCUGCAAAAAAGACCAGGAGCUUUGGGCAGCCCAUUUUCGCUUGGCCAAACAUUACCUCUCACUAAAGUGGUACAGAAUGAUACUUACACAGCUCCCAGUGCUACACAGCCUGCCCCCACAGUACCUUUACUACGAGCUAAAACGCUGACCAAUAUGUCACGGACCCUUGUUACAAAGGAGGCACUACCAGCUGUACCACCUCCAACAGAGUCUGUUUUCAGCCCCCUAGAAGGCACGAAAAUGACAGUAAACAAUUUGCACCUAAGGGUCACAGAGGAAGAUAUAGUGGAGUUAUUCUGUGUAUGUGGAGCCCUGAAGCGUGCCCGCUUACUGAGCCCAGGUGUUGCGGAAGUUGUGUUUGUCAGAAAGGAAGAUGCAGUUGGUGCCUACAAAAAAUACAACAACAGAUAUUUAGAUGGACAGCCAAUGAAAUGUAAUCUUCAUUUGAAUGGCAGUGUUAUUACAUCAGACCAGCCCAUUCUGUUGCGACUAAGUGACACACCUGUAACCGCUAAGAAAGAAGGGGAAAUACGAAGAAAUAACACCUCCUCCUCCAGUGCUUCUCCCAAGCCACCAGCUGAAGUUGAUCCAGACACCAUACUAAAAGCACUCUUUAAAUCAUCAGGGUCAUCGGCAGUAGUCCAGCCAACUGCUUUCAAGAUAAAGCUCUGAUGAGACUAACCAUAAAUCAGGUGGCGGUAGAAGAGAUUUUGGAGAUUCUCUGUCUUUGACCAAUUCAGUGAUGGACCCAGAGACUCAGACACAAUGACUAUUUUGUUUCCCUGAGAUUUUGUUUAGUGCUGCCUACCAGCAGUUUAAUUCAUGUUGAAAGGAAGUAGGCAGUAGGUAUUGGACAAUCAAGUCUCUUCACAGCGUAAUAGUGUAGUUCAUACUCCGUGGUAACUAGCCACAUUUUUAGUUCUCUCUCCUUGCCCUCUUGGCUCUUAAAACACAUGAUAUGGUUACUUUUCCUAUCAUGGGCAACUAAAUGCACAGGAACUCGCAUACCUUGUUUAAAGUUCUUCAUUAAUCUGUUUCUACUAAAAGAAAAACUUUUUGCGUUGUCUAAAGUAAUUAUUGUAAAAUAUGUUGAUCUCCCACAAAGGAUUUAAAGAGCCACUGGAUACACCAAAGAGGUGGGUUUCUUAAGUGUAUUUGAAAAGACUACAAUUUUACCAAUUAUAAAUUUGAUGCUGUUUAUAUUAUUUAAAGAGGAUAUCCAACUUCAUUUUAUUAGUAAUGUGUAUUACCAUGUUCCUGCAUGUAACCUCUCUACCACUAAUUAGUGUCGCCUGGGACCGUCAGACAGGAUGAUAUGUUAUGUUGUUUAGGAGGGAUGCCAAGUAGUGCAAUGUGUCUGACUGCCGGGCAGCAUCCCCCUGCAUAAAAGGACCAAUAAGCCUAAAAUAGAAAUUGCCAUGUAUAAAAAGCAGUAAUUAGAUUCACAAAUACAUUUAUAAAAAUUGCCACACAUUUACACAACUCAAGAUGUUUGCCGAUCUAUUUGCAUUUUCCCUGCUGUAGCGUGUAAUCUAUUAUUCACUGUCAUAAAUCAAUUUCUGAAUUUGUGCACAAAAGUGCAUGGCUGCAAUAAUAUAAUGUGUAUGUAUCCCCGUACCUAGCCUUUAAGUAUAUGUGUAAUGAAGCUGAAACAGUGUAUGUGCUGCACUAGUUUCUGUCAGUACUACCAGAUACAAGUAAAAUAAAGGUGGAGAUCCUCUUUUAUCAUUGUCACAAUAACUCUGAUAUAAUAAUCUCUUUGUGGAUAUCACAAUUAUGAUCACGAGUAUUUAAACAUCUUGGUUGUGGAAUGUCACUGAUCUGAUGUUAGACAUUGUUCCACAGCAGUAUUUGGAGGUUCUCAUAUGUAAAGUCACCUUGUAGUUAGUACUCUCUCAUGCAUUAUAUACAUGUACUAUACGUUCACUGUGUCACAGACUGAAUGGCACAAAAAACUCAAACUUCCAAAUGCAUAUACCAGAGUUGUUUCCAGGUGAGGAAGAUUUGUUACAUGUUUAUGAAUCUGGACUUAAACCCUGUAAUACUUGUCAUAGAAGAACAGAUUUUGAGUUUAGAGGUUUGUCGUAUUAUUUUUUUCCCUAUGUAAAUUACAGAAAAGAUUUUACAGGUUACAAGUUUGACAGCCACAAAGUAAAUGUUUCUUAAUGUAAACCUAUACAGCAAGAGCUAUGGUUUAACAGCUAGAUGAACACUGUAUACUUUUCCCACGUACCUAGACUAAGAUGAUAAAAUUAAAAAGGUUUAAAACAUGGAACAUAUGACAUAUGUGAAAAAGAUGUUUAAGAUUUGUGUACGAUAUGCUUUGUAUAGACCAUGCUGUUUUGCUUUUCUGAUGCAAGCAGCUGAAGUAAAAAAGAGAAAAAUUUGUAUUAUUUUGUUUUCUAACCAUUGCUAUCCUGUGGUUUUCUUGUGCUGACGUGUAGUGAAUAAAAUGAUACAUAAACAUA